UUCUUUAAUAUCCUGGCUGUUUCAGUAUCAUCCAGAAAUUAACUGUAAUGGAAACUAUAGUAGCCUCUGAUAUAUGCACAGUUUACUCCCUUUUCAGAGUAUUGUUGUUAUUAUUUGCAGUAGCCAGGAUGGAUCCCAGGUCUCUUGGCAUAAUGAGCAAGUGCUGUAUCAUGGAGCUAGCUACCAUCUCCCCAAAUUACCAUUGCCUUCAUUGUUUUUCAGUACUAAGAAUUGAACCUAAGGCCUUCUGCAUGCUAGACAAGUGUUGUGCCUCUAAGCUAUCCAGUCCUUAUUUUACUUAUUAGUAUGAAGACAGGGUCUUAUUAAGUUGCCAAGGCUAGCCGUGACCUUCCAUUAUAGCCCAGGCAAGCCUUAAACUUUAAUCCUUCCUCAGUAGGGGUCGGGGUGGGAAGGGUGUUACAGGUGUGUGCCUCUGCUACGCUCGCAAAGUUUUUUUGUUGCUGUAAAUCAUAAUAAUCUCAUAAGGAAAUCAAUGAUUUCUUAUUUCAGGGCAGUUUGCAAAUACUGUAUUUGAAUGUGGAAAUAGACUUGGUUUAUUUUCAUAUUAGUAAAAUUAGUUUCGUCCGGUUUAGUAGAGCACAGUUGGCUGGUAUCAGAACAGAAGGGAAGGGCUGUGUCUGCUCCUCUUUGUAACUUAAGUUCUCUCUGCCAGGAAGAAGUCCCAGACAGAGAUCCUGUUAUAGGAGUUUAUUAAAAACAAACAAACAAACAAACAAAAUGUCAUCCUCGACGCCAUUUAAGAUGAGAUUAGUUCAUUUGGACCUUAAGGGAGCACCGCCAAAGGUUUCCUAUCUCUCUGAGGUUUUUCCUCUGUUCCAUGCACUUGGUGCAAAUGGCCUCCUCAUUGAGUAUGAAGACAUGUUUCCCUAUGAGGGCCACCUGAGGCUGCUGAGGGCCAAGCAUGCGUACAGCCCUUCCGAAGUUACAGAGAUCCUGCGCCUGGCCAGGCUUAGUGAGCUGGAAGUUGUCCCCUUAGUGCAGACAUUCGGACACAUGGAGUUUGUGCUAAAGCAUGCAGCGUUUGCACAUCUCCGUGAAGUGGCCCUCUUCCCCAACACCCUGAACCCUCACGAGGCUGAGUCCCUGGCCUUGGUACAAGCUAUGAUCGACCAAAUUCUGGAGCUACACAGGGAUGUCCGGUGGCUCCACAUCGGCUGCGAUGAGGUCUACUACUUGGGUGAGGGGGAGACCUCGAAACAGUGGCUACAGCAGGAACAGAACAGCCACUCGAAACUGUGCCUGAGCCACAUGCAGGCGGUAGCCAGCCAUGUGCUGACCCAGCAUCCUGGUGUAACACCCUUGGUGUGGGAUGACAUGCUACGGGACAUCCCUCCAGAACAGCUGAAAGCAUCUGGGGUGCCUCAACUGGUGGAGCCUGUGCUCUGGGACUAUGGAGCUGACCUGGAUGUCCAUGGCAAAAUCUUCCUUAUAGGAAAGUACCAGGAGUGUGGCUUCCAGAGGUUGUGGGCUGCCAGUGCCUUCAAGGGGGCCACAGGGGCCAGUCAGGCUCUGCCCCCUGUUGAGCACCACAUUAGAAACCAUGAGCUGUGGCUGCAGGUGGCAGGCAGUGGACCAGUGGAUGCUCUACAAGGGAUCAUCCUGACUGGCUGGCAGAGGUACGACCACUUCUCUGUGCUGUGUGAGCUGCUCCCUGUGGGAAUCCCAUCCCUGGCUGCCUGUCUACAGUCACUUGUACAUGGAGGCUUUGCUGAGGAUGUGAGGCUGAGAGUGGAACGCUUCCUUGGGGUUUCAAGCCUGGAAAUAACGGAUACUGUAAGUCUCCACCUGCGCAGCUCUGUGGAUACGCUUCUGGAAAGGAACCGGUAUGUCACUGGCUGGUUCAGCCCCUACCAUCGCAGGCGGAAGCUUGUUCACCCAGUAAUGAUCCAGCACAUACAGCCGGAGGCACUCAGCCUUCUGAGCAGGUGGAACCAGCUUGUGCAGCAGUUGGAGGCGGCCCUGCAGCUGGCCUUCUACCCGGACGCCAUAGAGGAGUGGAUGGAGGAGAACGUGCUCCCGAGUACACAGCGACUGCAGGCUCUGCUGCAGGACCUGGGGGAGGCGGCAGCCCAACAGCCACCACCCACCAGCCCAGGCUGGGACACAGGUCAGAACCCCUGAGGGGAUGGGACCCUGUAUAUCAACCUGGACAACACCAAGAUUUCUGCCUCAGUGACCCAGCCAUGUGGGGCCUGUGCUCUUCCUGCUAAGCCCAGACAUCUGUGCAGACAGGCCCUCAAACUGUAUAAACAGUAACCUUGGGCAAAGCAGAAAACACAGAAGCACAAUUGCAAUUUGCAUGUAGAACUUUAUUACUUCUGAAAUAAAAAGACCGGUAGAAGUGGAAGUCCCAC